AUGAGAUAUGCCGCGCGUGUAGGUAGUCGUGAUGUUUUAAGGUACUUCUUGGCAAUGAAUGAUAAACUUGAUAUAAAUUCAAAAGAUGAAAACGGAAAAACCGCUUUAAGUUUGAGUGCAAUUUCAGGACAUUUCAACAUAAUUCAUGAACUUUUGAGCAUGCCUGAUUUAGAUAUAAACAUGAAAGAUAAAGAUGGAAAUACUGCUCUUUUAAUUGCAGCUAAAAACGCUGAUUCAACGAGUAUUUUAACAUUAAUGAUGUCUGAGAAAUUGUAUUUAGAUGCACAAGAUAAUGAUGGAAACACUGCUCUUCAUAUUGGAUCUUUAGAUAAUUGUCUUGACGUUGUUAAAACUCUUUGUAACUCUAAGGAUAUAAACCCGAAUGUUCUAAACAAAGAAGGUGACGCACCAAUCCACAUCGCUACAAGAAAUCCGGAUUCUUGCGGAACUCAUUUUGUUAGAAAUAUGGUAAAAUCAGAACAAGGAAGUGAAGUGAAAUUAGAAGUUUAUAUAAGAGAACAAAAUAGAAUUGUUCAUGUAGAUAUUUUGAAGUUUUUAGUGACACAUCCUAAAAUUGACGUGAAUUUGAAAAGCGCAAUUGGAUGGUCACCUUUGCAUUAUGUUGCAAGAUACGGGCAUUACCAAUUAGGAAAUAUUUUGUAUCAAUACAAAAUGAAAGAAUUGGAUGUGAAUAUAAGAGAUAGAAAUAUGAGAACUCCUCUUCACGUGGCAUGCGAAAGUGGUAGAUUUGAAAUGGCUUGUUUCUUGAUACAACCUGGAAAUUGUAACAUAAAUGCUCAGGAUAUGUUUGGACAAACUCCCCUUCAUAAGGCAGUUUUGGCUGAUAAUUCAGAAAUUUGUCAUAUGAUGACUUUGAGAGAUGAAACUGAUCUAAACAUACAAGAUAAAUACGGAAGAACAGCUUUGAUGAUUGCAGCUAUUAAAGGAAGAAUUGGAUCUAUAAGAAUAUUGGCAAGAAAUCUGAGAAUUAAUCUGGAUUUAACAGAUAAAACAGGAAUGACUGCUUUGCAACAUGCUGUUAAAAAUGGAAGGAAAUAUUGUGCAGAAUUACUGAGAAUUGCUGCUGAUUUGUGUGAUAUGCCUGAUAGCGAAGAUAACUCAAAUGCUGGCGAUGAUAAUGACCAGAUUUAA